AUGUCAGUCAAAGAGCGUCUUGCAACACAACAGAUGAAGAUUAUUUUCCAGGGGUUAGCUGGACUUCAAGCGCUCAAGACAGUACCAAACAAAAAGGCACUCAAAGAGGCAGCCACUGAGUCUGUUUAUACCACUGAUAUUAUUGUUAAUGGUAUUAAAGAGGAUAUUAUAGUGGCAGGGAGUAAGGUAAACCUACCACCACCUCUAGAGUAUUAUCCACCAAAUGGAUAUAAUAAAUCUGAUUAUAACAUCUAUGUUGUGCUUUUCGAUAGCACCUCAAAUGAAUUCGACAUUGAUUAUCUCGUUAAACACGUCCAUUAUAUUAUACCCGCACUUGAAGAAACAGAUGAUUAUUACUUUGGAGAAUUUGAAUUUUUCCAUUUUUUGGUGCAGAAUUUGGUUGCACUUGUCUAUUAUAACACUGACAAACGCAACACCCAUUACAAUCCAAAAAUCGAAGAGAUGUUCCAUGGAAGGUGUCUCCACUUUGCGAUUGGUGACAUCGACAAAGAAAGCAUCAGUCAAAUCAUUCAAAAGACAAUCACUGCCAAACGAAGUGGCUUUGCAGGAAGAUAUUUUGGAGGAAAACCCGUCAUUUUGCUGUAUGACGAAAACGACACAAAAGAAAACACAUUAAGAUGGACGGGAAGAUAUUUGGGAAGAGGGACAGAACCCUGUGUUUUAACAAUUGAAAACAGUGAAUUUGAAUAUCUCUUGUGGGAAAGUCUCUUUGAUGUCAAAUUAGAAGGAGUUGAUGUUAAAGUAAAUGAUCUGAGUGAUGUCGACAAAUUGCUGGAAAAGCUUGGACUGAACGUGAAAGAAAGAAACGACUUUGUUGUGUAUUGGAUGAAGGAGAUGAAAAAGUUCCAAAAGAUGUUUGUCAGAAUAGUUGACAGAAAACAAUACGAAAAGUUGGUUCCACUGAACGUGAAAGGAUUCGACAACGUGAUGAGAGUCUUUGUUGGGUUUGGUGAGUGCCAAGAAGGAAAUGAGUAUUUAAGUGUUCAAGAAGUCGAAAGUGUUAAAAGAGCACAAGGAAAGUAUGUCAUUGAAUGGGGAGCAACUCUCAUUUAA